AUGCUGAGGCGACCGGGUGAACACGAUGAGCCUCACACGAAGCGGUUAUGGUCCAAGACGGAAACACGUAUUUGGACGAUAACGUUGUUCACCGGCACCAGUGUUCUCUAUGCGUCCCGUGUGGCUUUACCCAUCUGCGCCGCUGCGGUCGCCAAAGAGUUCAACUGGAACAAAACCGACUCGGGUACCGUGUUGUCAUGCUUCUUCUGGGGAUAUGCGAUAACACAACUGAUCGCCGGAGGUUUCGCCGACACAUAUGGCGGUGAGAAUAUUUUGCCCAUAUCGAGUCUUGUAUGGAUUAUGCUCACGUUCUUCACUCCUCAACUCUUUGAUUUCGCUUACUGGAGUGGUUUUCCUCUCGUUAUAUUGUUGCUCACUAGGGUUUUUACCGGCAUUGGACAAGCUUUUCACAUACCAGCAACAGCUUCAAUGGUUUCACGGCAUCUCACAGCUGCCGACAAGGGACGAGUUUUCGGGAUCAUUCUUGCAGGAUCUCAUUGCGGGUUGGUCAUAUAA